GCUGUUGCCGCCGUGCCGUUCAUCUCUGUCCUCACUUAUCGGUCUCUAUCCCUUGUUAGCCGCCGGAUACCCGAAGCCCUCCCUCCCCCCACCCUACAAUCCGCCAAACCUCCACCACCUCUCUCAAAUAUGGCAGCAGCAGCAGACGUCGCCGAUCACCUACCGUUGGAAGUCGACACCGAUCCGGAAUUCUCGUCUUCGGACUACUCCUCCACCCUCGAGAGUUCCACACACAGCAUAACCUCGUCCAUAGUCGACUACGUCUACGAGAAUGGCCGCCGUUACCACCGCUUGCAGGAGGGCAAGUACCUGCUGCCCAACGACGAGACGGAGCAAGACCGUCUCGAUAUGUACCACCAUCUGCAGCUGCUCUUGCUCAAGGGCUCGCUCUUCGUGGCGCCCAUCGGCGACAAUCCCCAGCACAUCCUCGACUGCGGCACCGGCACGGGUAUCUGGGCGCUGGAUGCCGGAGAGUUCUUCCCAAUGGCGGAAGUUGUCGGUGUGGAUCUGAGCCCCAUCCAGCCCGAGUGGGUGGUACCCAACGUCCGGUUCGAAGUCGACGAUCUCGAGGGGGAGUGGACCUUCCGCAAGGAUUACUUCGACCUCAUCCACUCGCGCAACGUCGCGCAGAGCAUCCGGGACUGGCGGAAAUAUCUUGAGCAGAUGUACCUUCAUACCAAGCGAGGCGGAUACGUCGAGCUAGCCGAGAUAGGCACGCACACGUACUGCGACGACGACUCGUACAAAGGCUCGGCGCUGGAAACGUACAUGACGAACUUCGUCAAGGCGAUCUCGAUCGCGAACUUGAUGCAGCCGACCGGCGACGGGCUGAAGCGUAUGGUCGAGGAGGCGGGGUUCGUCGACGUCACCGUAAAACAGUUUAAACAGCCAUGGGGCGGCUGGCCGAAAAACCCGCAGAUGAAACGGGCCGGCUUCAUUGGUGCGCUCAACAGUGCAACCGGCUUUGAGUCCUACGGAAUGGCGCCAAUGACCCGCUUCUUGGGCCUCAGCGCGGAUACGGUCAUGAACAUGUGCAAGAACGCCCAGGCGGAUGUCGAGAGUAGGAAGGUUCACGCUUAUCAGGUUAUGUGGCACGUCAUCGGCCGGAAACCGGAGACAGGCGGCACGUAGCUUGGUAGGCAGCGACCACUACCGAUUCCGGUGGUGCGUCGGUGGGCAAUUGGGUGGAUCGUUUUUUGUACAAUGGAUAGUUUCCCAUCGGUUGUUAUUCUUGCGCUGCCCAGUUUUGCGCUGGCGGGAGACUGUAUAUACGAACCGGUUGUCCGUGCGUUUAGUAUAUAGGCUGCAGUGGCUGGCUACCUCGUUGGGCUGGGUAGUAUAGCUGUAAUCGGAACAUGAAGCUGUUACCUGUAUGGCGC